CAAAAAACAAAAAAGAAGAGUAAUGCUGCGUCAUCUCACACGCACACACUUUAACCUCUUUCUCGUCGUCGCGCCUUCAAAAACCCAACCGCUCACUGCUACUCAAUACUCACACUCACCUUAUCCAGUAUCCACUGACAAAAUAAAUAAACGCUUCCAAAUGAAUCCUACAGGUACCAUCGUCUUCACCACCGUCGGCCGCCCAAACUAUGGCUUCGAUGUAUUCUUUGUCAGACUUCCCUCCAAUCUGAAAGAUUUCAAAUUCUCCAACUCCGAUGAAAAUCGCCUCACCGAUGGUGUAUCCAUCAACUUCAACGCCCAAUUCAUCAACGAACACAACCAAUCCAUCGUCUAUGUCUCUGAACGAACUGGUUGCUCUAGAAUUUACCUAUCCAAAUCUGGGGUUUCAGAAACGGAGCGGCUUCCAUUUGUACCGGAGAGUCUUUUCCAUGACCGUCCGAUCAUCAAGAAUAACCGCCUCUACUUCGUGUCAGCUCAUGAAAGGCCUGAUCAACCUUUCAGAAGUUGGUGCGCUCUUUACGCCACCGAUCUUAAUGAUCAAAAGAGGAAUAUUACUCGCUUGACUCCUCCUGGAGUAAUUGACUACAGUCCCGCUAUUUCUCACUCUGGGAAAUAUAUCGCUAUUGCAUCUUAUGGGUCUCGUCCUUGGGGCGGCGAGUUUCACGAGCUUUCUACUGAUAUAGUUGUUUUAAAAGGAUCCGACCCGGAUAAACGAGUAGUUGUUUGUGAAAGAGGUGGAUGGCCCACCUGGUCAGGUGACUCGACUAUUUACUUCCAUUGCCAAGCUGAUGAUGGCUGGUGGAGCAUUUACCAGGUAAAUUUCCCUGAAGAUCUUCAGUUCUCUGGGUUUCCAAUCGCUCCUCUUAGAGUUACUCCGACAGGAGUUCACUGUUUCACUCCUGCGGCUAUGCACGACGGUAAAAGAAUCGCUGUUGCUACUCGGAGGCGCAACAAGAAUUAUAGGCAUAUCGAGAUAUUUGAUCUCUCAUCAAGGGCCUUUUAUCCGGUGACUGAGACGCUGAAUCCGAGUUUCCAUCACUAUAACCCGUUUGUUUCUCCUGAUUCAAUGUUUGUCGGGUAUCAUCGAUUUAGAGGCGACUCAACCCCCGGCGAGUCGACGAUUCCUAACCUCGAACCGGUGGUGUCUCCAAUAAAGGAAAUACAGAUGCUCAGACUCAACGGAUCAUUUCCCUCGUUUUCUCCAGCCGGUGAUCUCAUAGCCUGCAAUCCUCAGUUUAUAGUGGAUGGGGGCUUGAAUAUCGUUAAAUCGGACGGUUCAAAGCGAUGGACCUUAAUCAAGGAUCGUACAGCCUUCUACAACUCAUGGAGUCCCACUGAGAAACACGUCAUCUUCACAUCUCUGGGCCCAAUCUUUGAAUCGGCAAAAACAACGGUGCAGAUUGCACGAGUCAUGUUUGACCCUUCGCAUCUCAAUGGUGAUCGUGAAGAGAUUCCAUCCGAGGUAAAGAUUCUCACGAGAGAAGACACAGGCAAUAACGCCUUCCCAUCGUGCUCCCCAGAUGGCAAAUCCAUUGUGUUCCGGUCCGGCCGAUCUGGCCAUAAGAACCUUUACAUAAUUGACACCGUUUACGGAGAGUUCAAUGGCACUGUACGUCAAUUAACGAAUGGAGCUUGGAUCGAUACUAUGCCAAGCUGGUCACCCAAGGGAGAUCUGAUAGCAUUUUCAUCAAAUAGACAUAAUCCAGACAAUCCUGCUGUAUUUAGUAUCUACGUCAUAAAACCGGACGGUUCUGAUUUGAGGAGAAUACACGUGGCAGGAGCAGAGGGCUCGAGUGAGGUAGUUAGGGAGAGAAUAAACCACGUGUGUUUUAGCAAAGAUGGAGAAUGGCUCUUAUUUGCGUCUAACUUGGAUAGCGUGACGGCUGAGCCAGUGUCGUGGGCCAAUCAAUUUCAGCCGUAUGGAGAUUUGCAUGUGGUAAGGUUAGAUGGGAGUGGGUUGAGGAGACUGACAUGCAAUGGGUAUGAAAAUGGCACGCCAGCGUGGUUCUCCGGUAACGAGUUGGACUUGGACCGUUUGUCUUUGGAUAAACAGGUCGGAGAUAAGCUCACUGGCCAGUUCGAUGAACCUCUGUGGAUAUCCUGCGAUCUCUAAUAAUCUCAAUCGAUGAGGCUCUCUUAUUGUUAUUUCUUUCAAGUGGGUGUGGCUCCUUGGAAAAUAAAAAGGCGUGGCAAAAUUUCAUUUUGAAUAAAAUCUUUCGUAGGUGUGUCGUUUUCAACCGUUCCGUCGUUUAACUGUGGUGUAAUUCUUGUCCACUCGAAAAGUUUAAUUUUAUACUACUUGCUUUUGACCUUUGAAAAAUUUUUCAGGUAAAUAAAUUAUUAAAUUCAACUGCUUGGGAGGUUUAGUUGGUCUUCCUCUUCUAGAAGAUACAUAGAGUGAGAGGUCUCGAAUUUGAGUCUUUUUCACUGUAAAAGUUAUUAUUAAUAUGGUGAAUGUUAUUCGAAGGGGAAUACUGUCCUCUGUUGUGUAGUCCACAAUAUUACUCUGGUCUAUUGGAUCUCCUAUGUAUAAAAAAAUUCAAUCGCUUGGAGAACAAGUCUGCAGAGUCGUAAAUUCUAAAUAUCGUUGUUUUUUAUGCAAUAAAAUAAUGUUACUUUUCAA